AUGAUUUUUGCAAAAGAAGUUAUAGUGCCAACGAAUUCUAAUGCAACCGUGAAUUCCUCAGAGAGGCAUCGUAAGCUAAAAGAAAUCUUUCCUGGAGCAAUAGGUGCGUUAGAUGGAACUCUUGUACAUGCAGUCGUGCCUGCUGAUCAACAAACUCGCUAUAGGGGAAGAGAAAAAGGUGAAUGCUUUCAAAAUGUUUUAGGAAUUUGUGAUUUUGAUAUGAUAUUCACAUUCGUAUGGGCCGGUUGGGAGGGUAUAACACAUGAUUCGCGAAUUCUGAAAGAAGUAGCAUGUAACCCGACUUCAGGCUUUCCGUUCCCUCCUCCAGAUAAAUAUUACCUUUGCGAUGCUGCAUACACCAACACUCGUGGAUUUAUGACUCCUUACCGCAACACGAGGUAUUGGUUAGCCGAUUAUCGACGGCGACGUGCAUUAACUAAGGAGGAAAAAUUCAAUCACGCACAUGCGCAACUCAGAAAUGUUAUUGAACGUGCUUACGGUGUUUUGAAGGCGAGAUUCUCAAUCCUAAAACGAAUGACUCCUUUUCCUUUUUCAGUGCAACGAGAUAUAGUCAUUGCUUGUUUUGCGGUCCACAAUUUCAUAAGGAAAUGCGAUAUUCAUGAUGAGUUAUUUAUGAUGUUCGAGGAGAACAAUGCUCAAGCACAAGGGGGAGAGAAUGAUGGCGAAAGCGUACACGAUAUGGAAUGGGGUUCACAAGGAAAUGAAUACAUGAAUAAUUUGCGUGACCAGAUUGCGAAUCAAUUGGGGUGA